UGGGCAACAUAAUUUUUAUUCGGCCGAAUACCAACAGUUUUCUUAGUUUUUCUAUUAAUCCGAACGAAAAGUAGCAUACAUCUGAGCGUUUUCGCUCGUCUAAAAUAACUUUAGAAGGAGUCUUCUUUCGCAUAAUACAAAAUACCUAAAAAAACAUAAAAAAAUACAACAAAAAAACGAGAAAACAUGAGAAACCAGUUCUUUUUGAGCACCUUUAACAAAUAACAUACUUUAAACAAUCGACGAAAUUCUAACAAUAAUCAAAUACAUGAAUACAAUGUUACCUAAUUUUAAGUGAACAAAGUGCAAUCUAGAGCAAGGGUUUGAAGCCAAACAACCAACGUUAACAUGCAAAGUAACAGUGCAAAAGAUGAUUCGGAUGAAAUGGAAAUAAUACCAUCCGAACACAAUGGUACAGUUCUCGAAACCAAAAAUGAAGACUCAGGGGAUAUCCACAGGGCGGAGGAGAACCAGAAGUCCAGCAUCGACCCAAAUCUAUAUCUGUACGACGAUGACUUGGAGACCAGGCCCCAUAUAUCAACGUUCAUUUCAUCAAUUGCCAAUUAUGAGAACACGAUACCAGCGGCCACCGAUCCCGAUGCAAAGCCGGCAGCUCCAUCGGCUCGAAUGGGUACCCUAAUUGGAGUGUUCUUGCCAUGCAUUCAAAACAUCUUUGGUGUCAUAUUGUUCAUUCGGUUAACAUGGGUUGUUGGAACGGCUGGCGCCGUGUGUGGAUUCUUGAUUGUUCUGACCUGCUGCUGUGUGACAAUGCUAACCGCGAUCUCGAUGUCGGCCAUUGCAACGAACGGGGUGGUUCCGGCGGGCGGGAGUUACUUCAUGAUAUCACGAUCCCUGGGCCCUGAAUUCGGUGGAGCGGUGGGAAUGUUGUUCUAUACGGGCACCACACUAGCAGCGGCGAUGUACAUCGUUGGUGCCGUGGAAAUCGUAUUGACAUACAUGGCGCCGUGGGCAUCGAUAUUUGGGGACUUCACCAAGGAUGCUGACGCGAUGUACAACAAUUUCAGAGUCUACGGCACUUUGCUGCUCAUCUUUAUGGGUCUCAUUGUGUUCCUGGGGGUGAAGUUCGUCAAUAAGUUCGCGACGGUAGCCCUGGCCUGCGUCAUCCUUUCGAUAAUAGCGGUCUAUGUGGGAAUAUUUGACAAUAUCCAUGGCAACGAAAAGCUAUACAUGUGUGUUCUGGGAAAACGACUCUUGAAGGACAUCCCGCUCGAGAAUUGCACAAAGGAAGACUCCUUCUUACGCGACAUAUACUGCCCAGAUGGGAAAUGCGAGGAAUACUACCUGGCCAACAACGUGACCAAAGUCAAGGGCAUCAAGGGGUUGGCCAGCGGAGUGUUCUACGACAACAUCUUCCCUUCGUUCUUGGAGAAGGGCCAGUUCAUAUCCUACGGCAAGAAUGCAAUCGACAUUGAGAACACCAGUGGAGAGUCAUACAACCAAAUCAUGGCCGACAUUACCACGUCGUUUACCCUUCUUAUCGGCAUCUUCUUCCCAUCGGUCACAGGCAUCAUGGCUGGCUCCAAUCGGUCGGGCGAUUUGGCUGAUGCCCAGAAGAGCAUACCCAUCGGAACGAUAUGUGCCAUUCUAACAACCAGCACUGUCUACUUGUCCAGCGUUAUGUUCUUUGCCGGCACAGUGGACAAUCUCCUGCUGAGGGACAAAUUCGGUCAGUCUAUUGGUGGCAAACUGGUAGUAGCCAACAUUGCCUGGCCAAAUCAGUGGGUCAUUCUGAUUGGCUCCUUCCUCUCCACCUUGGGCGCUGGUCUGCAGAGUUUAACUGGAGCACCUCGCCUGCUGCAGGCGAUUGCCAGGGAUGAGAUCAUCCCCUUCCUGGCUCCGUUUGCCAAGUCCUCGAAGCGUGGCGAACCCACCCGUGCACUGCUCCUGACCAUCGUCAUUUGCCAGUGCGGCAUCCUGUUGGGCAACGUGGACUUGCUGGCUCCUCUGCUCUCCAUGUUCUUCCUCAUGUGCUACGGCUUUGUCAACCUGGCCUGCGCCGUGCAAACCCUGCUGAGGACUCCCAACUGGAGACCACGCUUCAAGUUCUACCACUGGAGCUUGUCGCUGAUCGGCCUGACCCUGUGCAUAUCAGUCAUGAUCAUGACUUCCUGGUAUUUCGCACUGAUUGCUAUGGGAAUGGCCAUCAUCAUCUACAAAUACAUCGAGUACCGAGGUGCUGAGAAGGAGUGGGGUGAUGGCAUUCGUGGAAUGGCCCUUACCGCCGCCAGGUACUCGCUCCUCCGCCUGGAGGAAGGCCCACCGCAUACGAAAAAUUGGCGUCCCCAAAUUUUGGUGCUUUCGAAGCUCAACGACAACCUCUUGCCAAAGUACAGGAAGAUAUUCUCCUUUGCCACACAGCUGAAAGCUGGCAAGGGAUUGACGAUUUGUGUGUCUGUGAUAAAGGGCGACCACACCAAGAUCACCAACAAAGCCGUGGAUGCGAAGGCCACGCUGCGCAAGUACAUGACCGACGAGAAGGUGAAGGGCUUCUGCGAUGUCCUGGUUUCCCAGCAGAUUGGUGAAGGCCUCAGCUCAGUCAUCCAAACCAUCGGACUGGGGGGCAUGAAGCCCAACACAGUCAUCAUCGGAUGGCCGUACAGCUGGCGUCAGGAGGGCAGGAACAGCUGGAAGACCUUCAUCCAAACGGUCCGCACUGUUGCCGCCUGCCACAUGGCCCUCAUGGUGCCCAAGGGCAUCAACUUCUACCCAGAAUCAAACCACAAAAUCGGUGGCAACAUUGAUAUCUGGUGGAUUGUCCACGACGGUGGUCUGCUCAUGUUGCUGCCCUUCCUGCUGAAGCAACACCGCACCUGGCGCAAUUGCAAGCUAAGGAUCUUCACAGUUGCUCAAAUCGAGGACAACUCGAUUCAAAUGAAGAAGGAUCUGAAGACAUUCCUCUACCAUCUUCGAAUCGAGGCCGAUGUUGAAGUUGUUGAGAUGAACAACAGCGAUAUUUCCGCUUAUACCUACGAGCGGACCCUGAUGAUGGAACAGCGUAAUCAGAUGCUGAGAGCAUUAGGUUUAAAUAAGAAAGAAAACUCCAAAGUGGUUCAGACUAUAAUGGACUUUAAGGAAACACCCAGUGAUAAUAAAAUGUCUUUGGUUCAAACAAUUGUAGACCACCAUUAUGACGCCACCAAAACGGCGUCUAAAGUUCGCUUCGCCGAUCCAACUAUAGAAGAAACACAGCAUCACGAUUCUCAAAACGACGAGAAACGUAACUCAAUUGAUUUGGAUGGUCCCGAGAAUGCGGACACACCCGAAACUACGUCUAACAAGGAUGAAUCGACAGAGAAAGCCGACGGAGACUUCAAGUCCAGUGUGAAACCGGACGAGUUCAACGUUCGUCGCAUGCACACAGCAAUAAAACUAAACGAGGUUAUUGUAGAAAAGUCCCAGGACGCCCAGUUGGUCAUAAUGAAUCUACCUGGACCACCUAGGGAAGUGAGAGCGGAGCGUGAAAGCAAUUAUAUGGAAUUUCUGGAGGUAUUAACAGAGGGCCUUGAAAAAGUGUUAAUGGUUCGUGGAGGAGGCCGAGAAGUUAUAACAAUUUACUCUUAAGAGCAUUAAUCGCUCAGUUUUAUAAGAGUUCGCAACACUAGACAAGUUUAAGAAUCAAUCAAAUUUUUAAAGAAGGUUAUUAAUUUGUUAUAUUCAAUCAUAUGUCCAAAUAUUUUAUUUUUACGUAAAUAAAAUAUCGAAAAAUUGUAACAAUAAGAA